UAGCGUCUCCAUGGACCUCUCCUCUCCCUAUGGCCAACACUGUCCUCUUCGUAGAGCUUGAGGUUACCACCCAACUGAUAAGGCUGACCCAGAUACUCGGCUUCUGUGUGGCGCUCAUGGAUCCAACUCUCCCCCGCCCCCUUCCCCUCCCCCUCCACCUAUUUAAAUCACCAAACUUCCACCUCCAUCAUCUCGCUCCCCUCCAUUUCCCACCAACAAACCGCCGCCCGCCGGCCAACUGCCGCCACUCAUGAACUUCGAGUACUUCAUCGUCAAAGCUCCGAGCUUUGCUGCUUUCUGCUCCAUUGUGAUGGUUCUGAACAAUCCCCGGAACUGAGCAAUUGCUUGCUCUUUCGACUGAGUUUGUGGGAGGAUGUGCUCAUUGACUUUCCCCUGUUUGGAUCUCACCAAAAGAAGCUUUGAUGCGGCAGGUUUGCUGAGGAGUUACCGAAGGCCGGAGAUUUCAUUUUCGGGGACUUACCGGCGCGCAGAAAAUGUUCGAUGUAAGGUCUCAUCAGCGCAAAAUGUGGCCGUUGGGAUCUCAGCACCCGUUGAAGGUUUGGUUGCCACGGGUGAUAGAAAGAGUACCAUUUCGGUGUCUGAUUUACUUAGUGUAAUUGCUGAUGACUUGCAGAAUCUCAACAAGAAUUUAAAAUCUGUGAGUCCAAGAUUCAAUCUUUCUUACUGAAAGGUCUGCUUAUUUCCUUUCAUUUAUGUUUUAGUUGAUUUUUUUAGCUUAUUUGUGCUUUUGUUGAUCGAGAGAAAAAGUGUAACUUUGCCGGACCGUGCUUUUCACUGUUACCCUAUCCUCUCUUAUAGGUGAAAGCUCAAAUAAAAAGGCUACUUAAAAGGCCAUAGUCAUUGCGAUAUACAAAGAAGGGAAUUGCUUUGAAACUUUUACUCAAAAGUUCUGAUUGGAUGUUUCUGCUAGCCUUAUUUAUAUAUUUUUAGA